AUGUCUUCGCCUUACACCAUCCCUUAUAAGGCCACUGCCUCGACCUUUGUGCCCGGCGCCGCCGCCCACCCCCCAGCGCCCCAAGAUUACGCUAGAGUGAAUAUGCGGAUAGUCCGGCAGCCGGCGGUCGCCGGACAGCCUCUUGCUGCUGACACUAGUCGCAGUAAUGCCCCGGUGGCCGUAGGUGGUGCCCCUCGGGAUGCCAUCCCGGCGAAGUUCUCGUCGGCGGUUGCGGCCGCUGCUGGCGGUGGCAUUGCCAUCGCCGCCCCGGGUGGCCUCCGGGGUGUUAGUGGCCCAGCUUCGGCUGGUGCUGCUAACAGCAGCGGCCAGAGUGGCCAUUGUGGUGAAGCUAUGCCCACCACCAGCACUACCACCACCACUCCCUUUGGCACUGACGGCUGUGAAGAAAUGGAGCAGCAGCUCCAGAUUACUCAGGCUGAGAAUGCCCGGCUCAAGGCUGAGAAUGCCAAGCUCAAAGCAGACAGUGCAAAAACCAAGGCCGAGAACUGGAAGUUGAGGGAGGCUAUUGGCACCGCUGGUCUUGCCUUUGACGAGAAUGAGAGGCUCCGAGCCGCAAUUCUCCGACUUCAGAAUGUGGGGUCUCAUCAAGUUAUCCAGACUGAGAACUUGUUCCAGCAGAUGGCAGACAUCCAAGGCCAGGCUCUGGCUUUGAACCAGGAUCGAGACAGACUUCGGAUUAAGAACCGCCUUCUUCGAGCUGAGCUUCGUCAUACAAUCAGGACACUUCUUGGUCUUCAUAGUGAGCACAUGGAACUCCAGGGCAAGGAGAAGGACGCCAAGAUGGGUGUUCAGAUCCUCACAGACACUCUUGCUGCCAUAUAUAACAAGAUUGUUGCCGACGCCCCGGACAUCAUGCCUUCUCUUUCGGAGCGUGUGCAGAAGACUAUCGAACAUGUCUACGAGAAUUGGAAGGAGGAGCAGUUUCUGCAGGUCUUUCACCCUGAGCAGGCGGUGCAGCAGACCUCGCCAUAUGAUCUGGUUCCUCGGCACACCCCGGUCCCUUCUCGUGGUGGCAUUGAGUUUAUCCCUCUUGAAGGUAACGAGGAAGAUGAAGCUGCCCCGAACGGCGGAUCUGGUACUUCCACAGUCGUGCCCCCUGCACCGCAGCCUCAGCAACUGGUGCAGCAUCAGCCCCCUCCCCACAUUCCCAAUCACAAUAUUGCCAAUCCGCACGCCAAUGGCUUUAUACCCGGUCAGACCAACAUCUUCAGGUUGAUCAUUGACUCCCCUGGUCAACCGUGGUAUGAGAAUAGCAUGCCCCAUGUCGACAGUCCUCAUACGCCUACCACCGGUGGCCCUGCCCCUCCCAGUGGUGGUACUGUCAGUCUCUCCGACAACCUCUACGAUCCUGAUACCCCCACCCUUAAUGGCACUACCAACGCCGUUGGCGGUCGCGAGGAUCCCCGCGAUGGCAUUACCAUGACCAACGACGAACCCGAAGGUCAUGAGGAUCUCCAGACUCCUCAGACUCCUCAGACUCCCACUCCUCUUCGGCACCAUGGAGCGAAUGUUCUUGGAACACCGGAUGAUUGA